AUGCGCAGCGGCAUGUGGGCACAGAUGGCUGAGCAGGGUGCGCCUCGCAUGGAAGGCCAUAAAGCCAUCCUUAGUGGCUUAGACAUGUUCACUUUCGGUGGUCAUGCGCUGUUGGGUCGAUUUCCACGCCCAACGGUUUCUGUACAUAGACUGUCCUUAGGGAAAGCCGACCCGCUGCGACUGUUCUCUGACACUGAUGAGAGCAGGCAGCUUUGCAGACCAGAGAUGGAUAACCCUUCACAGGGUUACCCCGUGCCAGGUGGUGGUGGACCGGACCUCUCGGACCGCCUGGCAGCUUCGGCAGAGUACCGACGCUGGGUCAAGGAGGUCGACGUGGCGCUGGGGUCUGCAACCCAGAGCCCCAGCUGUCCGGUGGGGCUUCCCGGGCAUAUUGAAGAUGAAGUGCCUUCGUUUACCGAGCUGUGGAUUGAGCUGAACAAGCGGCCAGCUGUGCAAGGACGAUCCCGGUCACCCAGAUCAUCCAGCGAUCCCAGAGCAAGGUUUGAUGGUUGGUCGCAGGGGAGGAGGUCAAGGUGGCAUUCGGCGCAGGAGGCGUUGCAACUGCUCCUCGACAGCUUGAGCCAAUUCGAGGCAUCUGCAAGCGGGAGAUCAAUCACGGGACAGGAGCUGUCUGCUUCCAUGAGGAAGCAUAGCCGAGAAUUUUCGAUCCAGAAAACUCCCUUCGAAAAGCUUGGGAAGCUGUUGCAACUGGCUGCACAGGAUGGUUGGAUCCGGCUAACAUGGACGGGUGACAGCAUGUCCGUGCAGAUUCUAGACCUACCUACGAAUGGAGUGGCGAACCUGGCUAAUGCUUGGGAGCACGAGAAGGACGUUGGCAUCAGACUGGAGCCUGCGAGACCACCGAUUCUGAGGGAAGUGCGAAGAGUCGACAGGGUGCAACAUGUGGCGCUAAAACCAGCGCCUUAUGCGGCCCCUUUAGCUGACAUUGGCGGCUUCCCGCACCUCAGACAACGAGCUGUGGCUCGGCUGUCAGCGUCUGAGCUGGGAAAACUGAGACCCGUGACGCCGGAGCGUGGUCGCACAAAGCGUGAGACCAAAACAGGCACAUCCAAUGCCUCAGCGGCCCCACUCUCUCGUGAGGAUGCCCUGCAAAGCUUGCAGCAGGCAUUCGAAACCUUGAAAGCCUUGCCACAAGGCAAGGGAGACCUGGACUCCGCACGCGCCCUCUGCCAGCCAAGCGUCAUGCGCCAUGCCAGCCCAGAGGUGCGGCUUUGGGCCGCGAAGUGCCUUGCGGAGGUGCUUCGCAUCUUCGUGCCUUCCCCGCCCUUUGAGACAGAGAGGUUUCGGCCGAUCCUGGAGCUUUUCUUGGAGCAGCUGGCAUCCUUGAACCCAUCUACACAGACCUACGCUUACUCCUUCGGCCUGCUGGAGCGCCUCGAGGAGAUCCGCGGCUUCAUGCUGGUCUUCGACUGUGCCGCUUCCGAUGUGGAGAGCCUGAUCAUUUCCUUGGCCAAGACCUGCAUCGGUGCAGCGAAAGCCGCACGACAAUCCGGCAGGAUUGGUGCGACCGAAGAUGCGCAGCGGAGACUGGAAGCGCUGCUGGCACGGUUGCUCUCAGACGUUCUGCUGGAGGCCGACGAAGUUCCGCAAGCAGUCCUGGAGCAGCUCCUGGAAGAGAUAGUGGAACGGAAGUCUCCCGGAGCGGCGAUGGUGAGACAAGUCCUUUCAAACUUCACUACCUUCAAGAGCCAGCGUGUGGCGCUUCCAUUGAACGACUUGCUGAACAAGAGCUUGUUCCUCUCGGAGGAUGACCAGGCAGAGCUGUCACAAGAUCGACUCGAGGGACUCCUCAAUGCAACUUACGAGCUGUACUGUAUCCACCCGUCUUUGGUGGUGCGGGUGCUUCCCAACUUACAUGCAGACUUGCAGUGUGCGAAGCCUGACAGACGGAGAGCGAUCACGGCAUUCAUUGCACAGCUGCUGGCACAUCAGCACACGGAUUCUUCCGGAGCCGCUUCCUGUGGCAUGGCCUUAACUUCAUCUUCAGGCAUUGCAGGGCUCGUGGAGCGUUUUCAGGAUCGCCUCGCUGAUGCUGAUGACAGAGUUCGCAUGACAGCCUUGGAAGGGGCAUCUGCCGUGCUGCAGUCCGUGGUGGCGACUGGUUGCCAGGAAGAUGACCCUGCCGGGUCUGCAAGUAUGGCAGCCGCAGAAAGCAUCCGAACCAAGGUGGCACACAGAUGCCUGGAUCCGAAUGAUGCCGUGCGACUCCGGGCUGUGGAAAUCUGCACACACAUUGCCCUCGCCUCCGAUGACGGUUUGGCAUUCAUGUUGCCCAACUUGCCCGAAAUCUGCAAGAGGAUCCUGGACAAGAAGCCUCGGAUUCGCGAAGCCUGUGCGCAGGCCUCUGCACAGCUCUAUGCGCAGCAUGCCCUGCCUCACUGGCUUAAGGGUGAAGGGCAAAAAGCACAGAAAUUGUGCUGGAUACCUCAACUUCUGUGUGAAGCUUAUUCAGUGUUUUGUGGCGCGCGCCUGGGCUAUGUUGCGCAGAUUGAGGAGCUCCUCGAACAGCACCUUUUAGGCUGCGGCGCGGGUUUGCCACAGGACCAGCGCGCCCUUGCUUUGGUCGGCCUCUGCAGCUCGGCGCUCGGCGGCCCCGAGGCGGCAAGGCAGGGGCUGGGGAUGCUGCUGUCCAAGAAGCGGGAUGCCCACAGAGCCCUGCGCCGCUUUGUCCGGGCGCGCCUUGAAAAUGCGGCUCCGCUUGGAGAAGCUCGAAGCUCAAGCCUCCUUCCGGGCGAAAGCAACGAAGGCGGGACGCCGGCCGUUCCUUUCGCGGAUCUCUUCGAAAACCUGGCAAAGUGGAGUCCCACACUGGACGACAAGUAUGCAAGGCCGGAGGCACUCGGACUACACUUACGUUCACUCGAUGCUGUCCGGGAUAAGACGCUUUGGGCUCAUCUGGAUCACUUGCUUGAUCAUGAUAUGCAGGACAGCACGUGCAAGAUGUCCGAGCAGGUCUGUGAGCUUGACCGGCUUCUGCGAGUGCAUCGGCUGGGGGAGAUCGCUCCCCUGAUUCGUCGAGCCCUGAUGGCUACGUGGCUGCUUCCCGAUCAGGUCGCAGCACUCCUGGAUGUUUGGACCGGGCAGGCCGGGGAGGAGGCGAAACUGGCUCCGGACAUGGUUGCGGCAGCCCGCACAACCGUGGCCUACCUGCCGCAGUAUUUCGUCGGGGCAUUCGUCCCCUUCGUCGGCGAGAUGGUCAAUCUCCUACAGGAUUGCAGCCAGGAGGACGCUCAGACCAUUCUGCAAGCAUUGAGCCGACUUCAGAAGCAAAUGGUCUGCCUGGAUGGCAUGUCUCAAAAGCUUGAUGAGACGGGUCUUCCUGAGCUGCUGCUCGAAGCGUUGCAUGUCAUGGUCCCUCCUUUUCAAAGCUCUGCACGCAAGUUUGUCAGAAUUCUGCUGCUGCUCUCUGACGACUGCCGUGCCUCGGUGGUCCAGCAGCUGCUCUCCUGGGCAGACGGUUACCUUCGGGGCGGAGGCGAAGACUGCGAAGGCGAAGUUGAAGCGGGCUCCACGAGGAUCGUUGCCCUCCAUCUUGCAGCUGCCAUUUUGGAAAAUGCCGCCGACUGCGGCGAAGCCUGCCGCGACUAUGACUGGAAGCCCCUUCUCGAAAUCGCCCAGAACAUUCUCCUGCACCCACCUGCCGGAGCCUCCGAGUCUGAGUCGUCACUGCAACUGCUGCAGUUUGCGGCAGCGGAGGUCGUGGCGGCAGGCAGCACUGCCUCUUUCUUGGCAUCUGUGAUGCAAGGAUUCCGGUCUUCCAUGCAAGGCUCUACGGCUAUUGUCCCCGUGACCGACACCAGUCAAGUCUCAUCGGACGGUCUUCUUUUGCAUCUGGCCUGUGCCUCACUUCGAAGCUUACGGCUUGGCUGCGUGGAGCUCUCAUCGGCGUUGCUGGCCCAGCUGUCAGAGACGUGCGGUGAUUUGGUGGCAGACGGGCGUCCUGCGAGUGACGGUGACACGCUGCUCCAUGCCCUCCAGAAGUUCCAAAAGCAUGCGAAGUUGAAGAUUGCAGACCGAUUGCGACUUUGCACCACCUUGCCAUCCAUCUUCUGCUUCGGCCAGAAGAAGCACCGGGAUGCGGGGCAGAAGAUGCUGCAGGGCUGGCUGCGUACCGCCCAGCAAGGCUCUCAACCAGGCUUGCUGGACUUCUCCGUGGCGUGCUUCGUGCAUUUCCUGUCAAGGCUUCAGAUCUUCGAACGUGAGGCAGCAGCUGUGUCGGCUUUUCCAGAAAGCAGCAAGGUGUCCUGCUUCUUCUGCGAAGCUCUGCUGCACUGCGACUCUCAGGGUGCCGAGCUCCUCGGAACGGCUCUGCGGGUCUGCGACCGUACCCGUUAUUUUGUCGAUCGCGAGGACUGCACAUCCUCGGUGAGGACCGCUGCCAGCGUUCUACGGUAUGUUGCCGAGAAGCGUUGUCCCGAAUUGGGUUUACAAGCUGCAGCAUUGCUGCAGGGAGCUGCUCGAGGCAGCAUGCCCGCCCAGCUCUUUGCAGUUGACCCCAUCGUUGAGCAGCGUUUGAAUGCGGCCAUUCUAAAGGAUCGCCACAACGAACAGGAGCGGGUGCCGGAGACGCCAGCCCUGCAAGAUGUGGGGCAAGCAUCGGAUUCUUCACCGCAGACUCAGGUGCUCAGAGUGCCCGAAGCGUCCAUGCUGGAGGAUGCUAGUGUCCUCACCACGCCCCAGCGACGGCCUAGUCUCCUGAAACGGGGCUCUGGAUCCUCACCGCAGACGCCGAGCCCGGGCAGCAACAAGCGCAGCCUCACAGGUGGAGCCGUAAGUGCCGCCCUGGCGGCGCAGUCCUCGAAGAAAGCCAAGAAGCAGCGCCGUUCGAUAGAACUUCGAGCUCGAGAGGUCAAACAUCCAAACGGGGUGCUUACGCGGCGGGAUGAACACCGUCCAGACCGUGAGCGUCCAUCCGCCUUCAAUCGACGGAGAUCUCGUUCAAGGCACCGAGAGGUGUCUUUACAUCGGUUUCGAGAACUGGAUCAGCCACUUCGUCAAAACUUCGUCAGACGUCCUCCUUUCUACUCGUACCAUAAGACCAUAGUGCAAAGAAGAUGUGCCAUGCAUUGGACGUCGGAUCUUGGAGAGGCCGAGCUGCGGCGCCGCCUCUCUCAGGAGACGGAGCAGCGAGAAGCUCUCCUUCAUGCGCUGCAGCGGCUCUGUCGAUCGGCGGAGUUCUGCCGAGACCGCUUAUCGGACAUGCAGCAGAAGUGCGAGGAGCUGAGUGCCAACUUGCGCAAAGAGACGGAAGCUAGUGACGUCCUGGAGCAGAGUCUGGCCAAAGCACAGGCACGGGUGCGUCGGCUGGACGACCAGGUCCAAGCUCAGGAGUUCCUGGCCUCGGAUGCCCUCAUCUUCGCAGUGAAUCUCACCUCCACCACAGAGAAGGAGCAGGCCUUUCAAGCAGAGCCGAAAACCUGGUGGAGCUGCAGAGAAGAUCCCGAUCAGAGGCAGAGGCCCGGGAACGAGAACUUCGUCUUCGGCAAGAAGAAGUCCCUAGACAAGCAUUGGGCUUUGAAGCAGCUCGCUGCAAGAGAAAGCCGGACUUCGGCACUCUUGGCCGAGAAGAUUCAGAGGCUUCAGAAAGGCCUCAGGUCUGCACAGAAGUCGCUGUCUGGUGUCCGAACUUCUUUGGACAAAGCAGCAGCGGAAGCCCGACUGCGAGAGUACCUGGAUGAAGCGGCUGCGGCGGAGCAGAAGAUUUGCGAGAAGCUGAAGCUCUGCUUGCGGGCGCGGCACUCGCGGCAAGCGGGCUUGGAGGGCCAGCUAAGCGAAUUGCAUAUGCAAACAGCUGCCCAGCAGAAGAGGCACCAGCAGGAAUCGUUCCAGACGGCGCAGCAGCAAGCGCUUCUGGCUGCUGGAACGGCUGAUGUUCAGGCACGCUCCUCUCGAGAGCUGCAGCGCCUCUCGAGCCAACUGCAAGCAGUCAGCCGAUCGGUUACGACAGAGAGAUCCGUUGCCGUUCAGGAGCAGACGCGGCGGCAGCGGCAGUGGGAGGUGGUGGAGGUGCAGCGACGAGAUGCGGAGGCGGCUCAGGAGCGUGCCAGGCAGGAUCUCCAGCGACUCCGAGCUGCUGUGGGCAUGGCGAGGUCGGACCUAAGCAGGCAGCAAGAGGCUUUGUUUGAACUUCGCAAGCAGACACGUGAGACGCAGGACGCUCUGAGUCUGGCCACUAAUGGAAACGAGCAUCUCAAAGUGCAGCUGGCGGAGUAUAGAGCUGGCUCUCAGAAGGCGUUGCAAGAGGAGGUCUUGACGCGGCAAGCAAUCCAUGAGGAACGCUUCCUCAGACAGCAACGCUUCCACGAGGCCAACUUGGCAGCGGCGCGAGAUCGGAGAAGCGAGUUGGAGAAAGAGCUAUCGGACCGAAAAGCUGACGCCAAAGUGCGCUCGGAUCGGAUUGUAGAUCUUGCCGCGGAGAUGCAGACGCUGCAAGACGAAGUCUCAAGCUGGCGGUCGCAGUGUAACGAAGUAUCCAGUACCCGGGCAGUGUUGGAGGAUGGCUUCGCUCACGAAUGCGGGACCUGGAACGAGGAGAUGCUCGCAGGACGAAUUUCCAUGCACAAGGUCGCUCUGCAGGCUGAGAGCUUGGAGGAGGAGCUGCAGCUCGUCGAAGAAAAGGCAGCAGCCACAACUUCGCAGGCUGCAACGAGAAGAGCAGAGCAACGGCAGCAGCUGGAAACACUCGAGAACGAGUUGCACGAGGCGAAGGCCGAGCUGACGAAGGCCAAGCAGAGCCUGGCGGUCGAGAACGAGAC